ACCGCCUUUUCGGUGUCAGCAGCGAAGGCUUUCUUCGAAGCUGCUAAGAAACCGGAAGUGCGCCAGGCAGCUGUGGCGGCGGCUAAAAACCCAUUUGUAAGAAGCGUUGCCAAAACAGCGGUCACAGAUAAAGAAACAAGGACUCAGCUGAUCGCGGCAUUGGAAAAACAAUAUGGUGCCAAAAGCCCUGAUGCUAAACCGAGUCCGUCAGCUAAGCCGAAACAUGAUGAUGUGACUCCACCUCCACCACCAGCUCAUCGUGGCCCUUCUGGUUAUUCCGCGACGUCAUCCAGCCAUUCAUUGACGAGUUACGCCAGUGCAUCAACGGCAUCAACGAGUAUUUCGGAUUAUUCGAAACCGUUACCUUCAACGUUACCGUCAACAAGUACCUACCAUGGUUCUGCUUCUUCGAAUGAUCUUGGCCGCUCGCCUGUGGUGAUCGAGCUACAAGAACUGCAGCUGAACAAGCAAGGUGAGUGA